UACACAUCUUCAAUAAAACUAAUCCAACAGCUAGCUCCCUUCACAACUUUGACUGCUGGUGUCAGCGACCUAGUAGGGCGCAAGCGGGGGAUGUUUUCUCAUUUUAGUGAAACGGAAGGUGAGACAACCGUUAAGGACGACGUUGGAGUUAUGGAAUAAAAAAACAAAUAGCACCGGAAGUGUAGGAGGGGUUGAAGGCCCUUUGAUUCAACCCAGCAUGGACAGCUUCUUCAAGGCAGCUGUGUGUGAUCUGGACAAACUGCUCGAUGACUUUGAGCUGAAUACAGAGGAACUUGACUGUAAAUCAGUUUUCCUGAAGACGUCUGUGUACCCCUUCUCAUCUCUGGGCCCUCAGUGUUUAUCCUCCGAGGCGUCCACCGUCCCACCAAACCUCCCUGACCUCAACUCUCUUCAUUAUGGAUCCGCCACCAGCUGCCCCGACCGCUCUGGCUGUCAGAACCGCAGCCCCGACGACAGAGAGCUCAAAGGUCAACCCCUCACCACAGUGGACCUCCUCUCCUCUGUGGAUCGCCGGCCAGCUAAAAGCUCCGCCCCUCCCUGCCCGGACCGCGCGCUGAAGCCGGUGUGUGACCUCGUGAACGACACCAGCUCGGCCAUCCUGGGCCGGGCGAACAGCCACGAUGCCUUCAGCGAGCUGGACGUGGUGGAGAAGCAGAUGGAGGAGGAAGAGGAUGCGCUGCUUGUGGACUUUGACAGCCCUGUGGUGACUGCACAUGGAGAGGAGCAGGGACAGCCAAGCCACCGCGCUGAAUGUAGAGACUCGAAGGAGGUUCAACCAUCUGCUGGGAGAGAGGAGCUGCAGAGCGGGGAAUAUUCUGCCUCGCUCAGCCUGCUGGACGUUAUUCUUCCGGCGGCAGUGGAGAGGAGCUGUGAAUCCGCAGAUGAAUCACAAUCAGCUGACAAACAUGAGAGGGACUGUGAGGAGGAGGUGACUCAUACAAACCAAGUAAUUGAUAGCUCCUCAGACUGCUUAAAACCAAAAGAGUCUCUGCCUGUUGAAAGCAUUAAAGAAACAACAACCACCUCAGUGAUAAAAGAGGAAGAUUCACAAGAAGCUGCAGAUAAAGUUGAGGCAGAGUCUCCCGCCUCAGAGACAGAAUCAGUGGGUUUAUCCUGCCUACCAUUAGCUGUGUCCAUGUGUGGAGCUCUGGUGAGGGCAGAAGAAGACUCAGGUGAAGCUACAGAGCAGUGUGAAGAGGCAGAGAGCACAGAGGCAGACUCCCUGUCAGCUCUCGAAGCCCGAGAGGAUAGGUCCCGCUUAGAGGACCCUGUAGACUCAGAGGGAAGGGCGUCACCAGAGGGGCAGCAUCUCUCUCUUGAAACUGUCCACUCUGCAGACCUCGCCUCCUGCGAUCGCUCCGAGCCGAGCCCAGACGAUCCUCCAGAGUUCGGCUUUGAGUAUCUGCCGGAGAGCGAUCAGGCCGAGUUGCUGGUGACCGAUGAGGAGCUGGACGCCUUCUUGCAGGCGCACGCAGAAGCAGAGCAGGGCCAAGGAGUGGGAGGCGGGGUGUCUUGUUGCAGUGGUUCUGGGGAUUUAACUCAACCUGAGAGUCAAAAUGGAGAUCUGGAGGCGUUAAGGGGAUGUAGGCGGGAGGAUCUGGAGGGUUUUGCUACUCCAGAAAGUGACAGAACGAUGUGUGUGACUGUAGAAGGAAGUUUAAACCCUGCUGCUCCGUCAUUGUCACAGGAUUCUUGCAGACCUCACCAAGAAGAGCCUGAACUCUCUCCCUCUGGGUUAAACCACUCUUUGACCAGCAACACUUUCCAGUCUCAGCUCAGCGGUAGCCCCAAUCAGCUGCCCUCCUAUGGAGGGGCAAGACCCAAACAGCUACACUGCCAAACUGCCCGAUCUCCACCAGCAGCAGGAGAAGAAGGAGAGGAGGAGACGCUCGGUGAGUCCACUAAAGAGCCAGCAGAAGAGGAUGAGGAGAGUUCACCCAGUCUCACAGAGGAGCACUCCAACAUUAGGGACUUGAGCCCCAUGUACGCCAACCAUGAUCCUGAGGAUUACAGCAUGGGGUGUGAUGAGCUGUCAGAGCCCCCACCGUACCCUGGUGAGUCACCCACAGACAGUGGCAGGUCGGUGAACUGGAAGAGAGAGGGAGGAGAGGAGCUGGGGAGCAGACAGCCCGCCUGGGUGCCCGAUGCUGAAGCUCCAAACUGUAUGAACUGCUACCAGAGGUUCACCUUCACCAAGAGGAGGCAUCACUGUCGAGCCUGCGGGAAGGUGUACUGUGCCGUGUGCUGCAACAGGAAGUGUAAGCUGAAGUACCUGGAGAAGGAGGCUCGUGUGUGUGUCGUCUGCUUUGAUUCCAUACACAGAGCCCAGGCCCUGGAGCGGAUGAUGAGUCCUGCAGGUCCCAGUCCGAAUCCCAACGUCCCCUCUGAGUACUGCAGCACCAUCCCCCCUCUGCAGCAGGCUCGAGCCGCCGGCACCCUGAACUCUCCUCCUCCCACCGUCAUGGUGCCCGUGUCCGUUCUCAAACACCCAAACAACGACAGUUGUCCUCGGGAACAGAAGCGUGUGUGGUUUGCUGAUGGCAUCCUGCCAAAUGGAGAGGUGGCCGACACGACGAAGCUGUCUGUGACGAGCCGCAGGAGCUCGCAGGAGUUCAGUGUGUCCCCGGACCAAUCAUCACCCGGCUCAGCUGGUUCAGAUGUCAGAGUCGGCGGCUCUUCUGCACCUGAAGCUUCUGGGACAGUGGAGGUGGUCAGACCUCCAGUAUCCGGGCCCUGGGAUUACGCUCUGCUCGCUGGAAUCGGAUCUUCAGUGAAUAGGGUUCCCAGUCUGCUGCCAGAGAACGAGGACGAGCUCCCUCCUCUGCUCAUCACCACUGGAGAGGAUGACGCAGGAGAUGUUUUAGUCGAGGAGAGUCCUGCUCCAUGUCAGAUCCUUCACCUAUUGGAGGAGGGAGGACCCCGACCGCUGACCUUCGUUCUGAAUGCCAACCUGCUAAUUAAUGUCAAACUGGUCACAUACUGCAGCCGGCAGUGCUGGUGUUUUGGCUCUAACGGGCUGCAGGCGCUGGGACAGAAGGAGUUGGUGUUUUUAUUGGAGUGUUUGCCAGAAGAAAAAUCUCUCCCAAAAGACCUCUUCACGCUCUAUCUCAACAUUUUCCAGGAAGCCCAAAAAGGAAAGUUCUUGGAGGAGCUAGAAAACGUGACCUUCACCAGCAGUUUUCUGGGCAGUAAAGACCAUGCAGGGAUGCUCUUCUUCUCUCCCACCUGUCAGCCUCUGGAUGGCCUCACUCUCCCCACGCAGCCGUUUCUGUUCGGCCUGCUCAUCCAGAAACUGGAGGUGCCCUGGGCCAAAGUCUUCCCCCUCAGACUGCUUCUGCGGCUCGGAGCUGAAUACAGCGUUUAUCCCACCACGUUGACGAGCGUCCGUUUUCGGGACUCUGUGUAUCGAGAGACGGGACACACCAUCAUGAACUUACUGGCUGACCUGAGGAACUACCAGUACAGUCUGUCGGUGGUGGAGGGGCUGAGGAUCCACAUGGAGAUGGGCCACAGCUACAUCGAUAUUCCUAAAAGUAGCUUCAAUGAGAUGCAAAAGGUGGUAAACGCUUCGAACGAGCACGUCAUCAGUAUCGGCGCUCGCUUCAGCCCGGAGGCCGACUCUCACCUGGUGUGUUUGCAAAACGAGGAGGGCAACUAUCAGACGCAGGCCAACAGCAUGCCAGGCAAAACACGCACAGUCACUGGAGCCAGUUUUGUUGUUUUUAAUGGAGCCCUGAAAGCCUCCUCCGGCUUCAUCGCCAAGUCCAGCAUUGUUGAAGACGGGUUGAUGGUGCAGAUCCCUCCAGAGACGAUGGAGUCCCUGCGCGCGGCUCUGAGGGAUCAGACGGACUUCCACAUCCCCUGCGGUCGGAAUGACGGAGGGGAGCUCCGAGAAAACGUCUCCGUCCGCUGGGUUGACUGGAGUUCACCCGUCAACACAGGGAGAACCAGCGGGGUUGAUGGGAGGCCUCUGGACGGAGUCCGCAGCGCGAGGAUGCAGCAGGACACUGACUUCGAAUCAGACGGACGCACCAUCAGAUGCACUGAGGUUUUCUACCAGCUGAAGUCUCCAGACUGCAGCCUGGCGUCGGUGCUGUCGUCCUGCAGCGUGUUUCAGAAAGAGAUGGCGUUGGCCACCUGCAGCGCUCUGACUCCUCACCUCGCCGUUCUCACCUCAUGUGGCAUCAACUCGCUCACUCUGAGGAUCUCCACGCAGGCUGAUAUGGUGGAGUACCAAGCCGGCUCCGGAGGCAGACUCCUCCCACAGCGCUACAUGAACGAGCUGGACAGCGCUCUGAUCCCCGUCAUCCACGGAGGUAGCGCUAGUGUACCACAGACUGCCAUGGACAUGGAGUUCAUCUUCUACAUCACACACACUAUCUAACGCAGACCUUAACCCACUCAAAGUAUUAAAGACGGUCGGUGUUUGAGCACAGACAGAGAAGCUGUUGACUGUAGCGGAGCAUGCUAACAUGCUAACAGCUCAUGUUGCACAGCUGGACAAGCAGCCGCUGGCUCAACACCACCCCCUAGAGGCCGGGGGGUGUAAAGCGGACAUGAUUCUGGUUUUCUGUUAAGGAAAUCGCUGUGUGUUUGUAUGUUUUCGUGCUCACCAAAGCUGCUUUAACACAAGAAGCCAAACACUAAACAAGGAAUACGACGACACGACCAAAAACAAGCAAACUAUUCAAACUGUUUUUUCUUCUGCUCUGCCUUCCAGGCUCCCCGCGGUCAGCUGGGAGCUCCUCAGUGAAUGUUUCCCACAGACACUCGAUCGACAAAAUGUCUCUCAUUGGAUGUAUUUAUUAUAUUUUAAUAUGGGCUUAAGGAAUGAAUUGAUGACAUUAAAGCACGGGACGUGACUGACCGCAGCUUUCAGUACUUCAGAGGUGCUACUGUAUCGCCACUCCACACACAUAGCUGACCACAGUGAUGACCUCAAGGUACCAUACUUUCAUUUAACAUGGUGGUUUGUAAUGACACGAGGGACACCUCAGGCCUCAUGCAGGAACAUUUUUACCCUUAACUUACUAUAUUCUCACGCUUCCCUUAGAUCUCAUUUAUCAAACUCUGCACAAAAAAACUCUCGUUUCAGCCUCAUGACUGACACAAGUUCAGCAGAUGUUACUGAGUGUCGUCAUCACCUCUACAUUGCUUUCCAGAGAUAUGUUCAGAACAACGAGGAAGCACCAUUACAAAAAGAAUUCAAAGACAGUAAAAACAAGAUGUGCUGUUGUUGUGAUACCAAAAGGUUUAAAACAACAGAAACUCCAUUUAUGAAAUGAUCAAUCGUCUGAGAAGUACAUAAGAUAUUUUUAAAUAUAGCUCUUCACUCAUAUUUUUAAACAAAGCUGCCUCGAGCAAAAUAAAAAGAGCCGCAGUAGUCCAUUUAAA